GCUCAAUUCUUCCGAGUGGAGCUCUUUCUUCGCGCCAUGUGGAAGUAUCCUUCCCUUACGCCCGUUGACGAGGAUGGACGGCGUGAGCGACGCCGGCGACCACGAAGGCGCAUCCUCGGAUGCGCCGGCGCCGGUGGAUGCCGUGCCAGUGGAGGCGAUCCUGGAAGAUGAGGAGCCCACUUCUCCCAUCACAGACCUCGAUGACGUGGGAGACACCGCGGCAGACGCCACGGCUGCCGCGGAAGACACCACGGAGCGGCCCAAUUCGCAGGAGGACACUCCAGAGAGGAAGAAGGCUCCAGAAGGCUUGGUUUGGGUAUACCUGCACAAUUCCAAGACCAUUGACCGCUUCAAGCACGUCAAGGCCUUGGUGCCCAAGGACUUGACACUCACAGAGCUUCGGCACUUUUUGUGCCCAAAGGUUGGAUGCCCCUUCAAAGAGUUGCAGAUCGAAAUUGAAGGGAAGCAGAUGUGGGCCGGUCGGGAGAUGCCCCUGGUGGAGGCGGAGGACCGGGAGUAUCGCAUCAAGUGGCGCCGGGUGAAUCGCGUCAGCAAGCUCAUGCAGGCAAAGAAGAUCGGUGGCAUCAAUGGCCUCAGUGCAGAGCAUGGUCGUACGGUGCUCCAUUUCAUUGCGCUCAACGGCGACUCGGAGCUCUUCCGCGAGGCCUUAAGCGACCCCAAAGGGGACGCCGAGUUGAUCAACGUCCGAGACAAGCUCGGUGACACGGCUCUCACGAUUGCGGCCAUCACAGGCUAUGUGGACAUCUUGGCGACCUGUUUAGAGCGCGAGGCCGACGUCGAAACCAAGAACCUCAAGGGCCGCACGGCUUUGCUCUUGGCAGCUGAACAUGGCCAUUCUGAUGCCGUGCAAACUCUCUUGCACGCCAACGCGGACUUGGAUCCGAGCCACGGCACCACCUGCCCUAGCGCCAUGUACUUGGCAGAAUUGAAUCAGAGAAGUGGUGUCCUCCGAACCAUCCGCCAGUACUUGGCGGACACCGAGGGCCCUGAUGAGUUCUGAGCGCGGCUGUGUCUACCGGUCGCACGCCACCGGCAAGCCGGUAACCGGCAGCGAUGGCAGAGGGAGCCAUGUUUUCGGAACGUGGUCUCUUUUUUCUCGGGAAGGUGGCGUUGGACCCACGUGGCCCACGUCCUGAAACACACGGCUGCGAAGCUGAACUUAGCUGAACACGAUGUUG